ACAGUAGUGUCGUUCUAACCUAGCUUGUCAACCGAAAGUUGCAGAGCGUUCGCAUUGCGCGCUCGCGAUUAUCUUCGCGUAAAAGAUACAUUUAACGAAAAAUGUGUAGUGUAUUGUAACAGAUUUCUCUUUGCGUUUUCGUAGAAUCUCGUAGAAUGGCCGCCUGCGUAGCUGUUAUCGGCAAAGAUGCAAAACUCUCCGAAAUUUAUCAAAAUAUAUCAAUGCGCGGACGAGGCCGCUGGGCUGCAGUUUCACUACAAAGUACACACGUCAAUUGAUAUUAUCGAGGAAAAGCUGAACGUAGGGAAUAAGACGACAGUCGAUAUACGCGACUUGUACUUGGGCUUGUUAUUUGCGACUGAAGAAUACAAAAUAUAUGGUUAUGCCACAAACACAAAGAUUAAAUUUGUCAUAGUAUUACAAUCGUCCAAUGUAUCGCUAAGGGAUAACGAGAUAAAAAUGAUUUUUAAAAAGUUACACGCCGCAUAUUCCAAUGCUGUUUGCAAUCCAUUCUACAUUCCAGGUGAUGAGAUAAAGUCCAAAUCAUUCGAUACAUCGGUGCUGGAAAUAAUGGGUGUUAUAUAAUAUUUUCCAUUUAUUUAUCAAAGAUAUUUCAUUGUCGCAAAAUCCGUGUAAAAUCCGUGUAUGUUACAAAUGAUAUGCUUUAUGUAAUUGAUAAUAAAUAAUAUGUAAUUUAUAUUUGUCAUGAGUA